UAUCAUUCCAUUUCCGAUUCUCAUUUCAUAACAAAUUUCCUGAAAAUCAGAGCACAGUCAUUGCUUAACAAGAUUUUUUUUCCUCUCAGCUUUGUUUUCUCAUCAAUUCCCAUCCUCUAAUUUCCUUGUUUCAUCCAUUUGAUUCAAACAUCUUCCGUCGUUCUUUCUCGCACUUGCGGCUAUCGAUGCAGGAUUUCAUUUUGUUCUCGUCUUCUAGCUACUAAGCUUUGAGUAAAUCUCAACUGCGAAUUUCAACUGCCAUUUUUGUUCAACAAUCGAUAUCGUACGCAUGUCUGAGCUUGGUUUCGGAGUUUAGGUUACUAAAUUUGUCGAAAUUACACAUAUUCACCGAGUUUUGAAAUCUGGGUUGCAGGUGAAAUAAUCAAGCCUACAAGAGCUAUACCUAUGUAUAUAAUCACGUUUUUUUCUGCAGCCUUCUCUGCACUUAAAGAAUACCUAAUUUGUAUAGAGAGAUGCGAUCAUUCUGCUUUCAACUGAUAUGAAGACUGCACAGAGAGCUCAAGAUGCAAAAAAAGCUCUGGAUGAUACCAAAAAUAACCUACCAAACAGCUACAAAACUGAGGCUCCUAUAACAGACACAGGUUCGAUUUCUGCCUCAAACAAUGAUGGCAAAAAAAUUUCUCACCAAGAUAUUGAAUUUGUCCAGAAUUUAAUAGAGCGGUGCCUACAGUUAUACAUGAAUAGAGAUGAGGUGGUUAAGACCCUAUUGAAUCGUGCAAGGAUAGAUCCUGGAUUUACGUCAUUGGUUUGGCAGAAGCUGGAAGAAGAGAAUGCUGAUUUUUUCAGAGCCUACUAUAUAAGAUUAAAAUUGAAAAAACAAAUCCUUCUUUUCAAUCAUUUGCUUGAACAUCAAUGUCGUCUCAUGAAUUAUUCAAUACCUCCCAAAGUUCCGUUAGCUCCUAUGCAGAAUGGAAUUCAUCCUAUGCCUGUUAACAACUUACCAAUGGGAUAUCCAGUCCUUCAACAACCUCCUAUGUCAAUGCCAGGUCAACCCCACAUGGAUACCAUGCGCUCUGGGAUGCCAAGCUGCCAUGUGGUCAAUGGAGUUCCUGCACCUAGUAACUUCCAUCCUAUUAGAAUGAACUCUGGGAACGAUAUGUUGAUGAACAGCGUGGCUGAUGUGGCUUCUGUUAUUCCACCAAAUUGUACAAUGUCCUCCAUGUCAGAGAUGUCUAUGAGUCCUACAUCGGUUGCAUCCAGUGGUCAUUUCUCAUUCACUGCUCCAGAAAUAUCUGGAAUUGGAGUAGAUACUUCUGCACUUGAUACUGCAUUUACAUCAGAAAUCGUAAAUUCAGUUGGUCUGCAACUUUCGCAAGAUGAUGGAGCAGGAAAUUCCAGGGAUUCUCUCAGAUCAUUGGAUCUGAUUCAGUGGAAUUUUAGUCUGUCAGAUCUUAAAACAGAUUUAUCAAAUUUGGGAGAUUUAGGACCAUUGGGGAACUACCCUGGUUCUCCAUUUUUGCACUCCGACCCAGAAAUUUUGCUCGAUUCACCAGAGCAAGACGACCUAGUGGAGGAGUUCUUUGUUGAUUCUGUCCCUGAGCAGCCAGACGAAGAGAAGUCCUAGAGAAAGGCGACAAAGGUUUUUUUUUUCCCACUUGAAUAAGUAGGAUAGUAUAAGAUUUGAUCAGAAAUCAAGAGCUCAUUUUCUAUUCACAAUAGGCAUCCAGUAAUUUUGUCAUCAACAAUUUCAAUUAUUUAAAAAUUUUAGUCACAUAGCUUGGUUGGUUGGUAGGAUUGUAGAUAGGGAUGUAGUCAUGUAGGGGAAGCCGUGCUUCUCUUGUGCCGCUCAUUUUAGAGGUCUCCAGUUUCUUGGAAGUUGAACAGUUUUUAAUCCCUUGUCUGGUCUGGACUAAAGAGUCAAUUACAACAAUCCCAUAAUUAUCGUAUUUUUUAGAUGUUUAAUUGUUC